AUGGCGAGCUGGGAAUAUACCCACAAAGAGUUUCCAAAAGUUCCUACCUUGGAAGAAGUAGAUAAGUCGGACGUGGAAGCUGUGAGAGCAGCACGAGAACAACAAGUUCGAGAAUACUGGAUUAAAGUAAUGGAAAUUCGAUUAAUUCGAAAUCAGCUAAUAAAAUGUUACAAAACCGAGGGAGUUAACCAUUAUAAGAAUUGCAAAAAGUUGGCAGAUUUAUACGUGGAAAUGCUUAAAGAAUACAAUUCAAGAGAAAAAUGGUAA